AUGUCGUAUGAGCCGCUUAGUUCAUCCGGCCGACAAGAGUCUACGUCACGCACGCGAACGUCACGCCCUACCACGCCACUUCGAGCAUCGUCGCGCUCGUCAUUCCGAGAAUCUGCCCGAGGGAGUGUUCUCGGCGACGCCCAGUUUCCACUUAAUGCAUUCGAGCCAGCUUUUGCAGAACUUUCGGAGGCUAUGGCUGAUUUAGAGGCGAAUAUGAUGCACUUCCAGUUGAUGCAUGAAAGCCUCGCACGGUUUAGCGAGAGCUUCGCCAGCUUCAUGUACGGCCUGAAUAUGAACGCCUACUGCGUGGACUUUCCCGAGGGUCCCGUCUACGAAUCGUUUAAGAGAGUCAGGCAGAGGGAGGAGGCGGCAGGGGCCGACCAUGAGACAGGCGGCCUGACUGGAGGCCACCACGUGGCAGAGGAGGCGCUAGCCGAGGUACAGCAACAAGACGUGAUGGGCGGGGAGUGCCGGACACUCACGGAGCGCCGAGCACACGUGGCGGCCGCCCUAGUGGGCUGGCGAGGGCACGGGGUAGAAGUGUUCGCUAGGUAG